AUGUUGCAUGUUGAAGGACUCGCUGAGGAGCAGCAGAGUCCCGGGGACAUGGACGUACUUAUAGGAUUCGAGACGAAUGCCCAGGGGAAGGGAGCGAGUGUUACGACGGAACAAGAAGGCUGGCCAACUACAGGACAGGAAGGAGGGAGGUCGCAUGAGACCGGCCCUGGACUCCGAGGACUCCGAGGACUCGAGACUCCGAGGACUCAAAUUGUCAAGGGGCUCAAGUAUCUCGCCUCAUGCCGGCUCGAGCAUGGCUCUCUUAGCUGCUCUAACAUUCUCGUAGGCACAGAAGGAGAUAUAAAGAUUGCCGGUCAGGAAUGCUGCAGGGAAAUGACUCCUCCGGGUCGGGCAAGUUCGCGAGAUAUGGUGUCUCUAAUGAAUAUUGCCACGAAGCUGAUGCAGAAGAGCGCCUACGAGGAUGGGGCCGGCGGUGCCCACGACAUGGAGCGAUGGCCAGCCGACUGCAAAGCUGUUGACUUCCUGGCCAAGAUCCAGGUAGCCAGGUCAUUUGACGAGCUAUUAGAUCAUCCGCUUUUACAGCUUAGUUGGAAAAAAGAAGACCUCAAGUGGAUGGUAGCUCUGGCGGCAGUCAGUUCUCACCGAGGCUUCCGGUACCAUGAACAGGCGCGAGAUGUUAUGGAAGCAUAA